GUUCGCCCUGGUGGCUCAAAAGCUCUGCACAGUUUUGUAGCAGGACAGAUGUUAUCGUUUAACUUUCACCCAGUGGAGGAAAGAAAAUGAGCAGAAGUACCUGAACAAGGUCAAAGAAAGUACCAAGUGAAGCUCUGCAUUCCUAAAGAAGAUGGACCAGAAGGUAGCUGAUCUCCCCCGCGGCCCUCUUGACGCUUACAGGAACAAAGCCUCCUUCAAUUGGAAGGAGAUGCUCCAUUUCAUUGAUUCAGAGGAAAUACUGCAGUUCAAACAACACGUGUUCAAGACUCUGGAAAAUGAUCCUCUGUUUGCCCGUCAGCCUGGAGAGGACAUUUCUGUUGAGAAAAAGAGAGAACUCAAUUUCCUGAGGGUGAAGCAGCUCUUUCGUUACAACUUCCUGACCAAAGAAGACAUGAUGGCAAAUCCAUGGAAGGCUGUUUUCCUGAAUGACUGUCUCGGCAUGUAUGACUGUGCGAUGGUUGCCAAGCAUGGUCUCAACGAAGGGAUGUUUGGAGGAACCAUUGUCAGUUCAGGAUCAAGUAGACAUGGCAAAUAUGUUACCGACACUGAAGACAUGGCGAUAUUUGGGUGCUUUGCGCUUACGGAGCUGAGCCACGGUAGCAACACACGAGCCAUGAGGACCACAGCCACAUAUGACCCUUCCUCUCAGGAGUUUGUCAUCAAUUCUCCAGACUUUGAGGCUGCAAAGUUCUGGGUUGGAAACAUGGGAAAGACCGCCACCCACGCUGUAGUAUUUGCCCAGCUCUACACAGCUGACCAGGUUUGCCAUGGUCUGCACUCUUUCAUUGUUCCGAUAAGAGACCCCAAAACCCUUCUGACUUUACCCGGUGUACUAGUUGGAGACAUGGGGAGAAAACUAGGCCAGAAUGGACUGGAUAAUGGGUUUGCAAUGUUUCACAAUGUCAGAAUUCCAAGGGAAAACCUACUCAACCGGACAGGGGAUGUGACCCCUGAUGGACACUAUGUGACAUCAUUUAAGGACCCUAUUAAGCGUUUUGGAGCAUCUUUGGGGGCCCUUUCAGGAGGUCGGAUUUACAUCACUAGAAUGGCCCUUAUCAACUUGAAGCUUGCUAUUACUGUGGCUAUUCGGUUCUCAGCCACAAGAAAACAGUUUGGACCAAAUGACACAGAAGAGAUUCCAGUUCUGGAAUACCAGUUACAGCAGUGGCGUCUGAUCCCAUAUCUGGCAGCAGCAUAUGCCCUUGAACAUUUCACUAAAACCAUCUUCAUGAACUUUGUUGAGUUCAAGAUUGGACAGUUGAUGAGGGACAACAAUGAAAGACAAGCAGAGAUGGGAAGGGAGAUUCAUGCCAUUGGCUGCUCCAGUAAACCACUAGGUUCUUGGACAGCUCAGAGGGGCAUCCAGGAGUGCAGGGAGGCCUGUGGUGGACAUGGAUACCUUGCCAUGAACCGACUGGGUGAUCUGCGUGAUGAUAAUGAUCCAAACUGCACAUAUGAAGGAGACAACAAUGUGUUGCUGCAACAGACCAGCAACUACCUUCUCAGCUUGUUCCAUGCCAAACUCCAUAGUGGUGUUCAGAUUAGGUCUCCCUUUCACACUGUGGACUUUUUGGAUAAUCAUCUAAAGAUCCUGGAAAGCAGGUUUACAGCAGUAACAAUAGAGGACUGUAUGGAGCCUGAAGUGCCUUUAGCUGCCUAUAUGUGGCUGAUCUGUUUCCUGCUUGAGGAGAGUCAGAAGAGGUUGGAACAACAGAGAGCCUUAGGCAAGGAUGAGUUUGAGGCCCGUAACAACAGCCAGGUAUACUACUGCAGGUCCUUGGCUAUCAGCUACAUUGAAUACUGCUGCCUCCAGAGAUUUCAUGAUCAGACCACGGAUGAGGACACACCCUCUGGCCUCAAACCAGUACUAAAGAAACUAUGCGCCCUGUAUGGGCUGUGGAGUCUCAGCAACCACUUGGCAACAUUGUUCCAGGGUAAUUAUAUGAAUGGACGGAAACCUGUAGAGUUGUUCCAGUUGACCAUUCUUAGACUCUGCUCAGAGCUCAAGAAUGAUGCUGUGGCUUUAGUGGAUGUUUUAGCCCCAACAGAUUUCAUCCUGAACUCCCCUAUUGCCAAUGCUGAUGGAGAGCUGUACAAGAACCUGUGGUCAGCAGUGAUGCAAGGAAGUCAGGUGCUGGAACGUCCCUCCUGGUGGAAAGAGUUCUGCUCAAAUAAACCAACGGUUGGAUCCCUUAGCUCUAAACUUUAGAGGUUAAACAAUCCAGAAGAGAUGCUGAUUUCCAUUCAGCCUCAACAUUUUUAGCAAGAAAACGAGCUUUAGACAAGCUGUUAUCUAAAACGCCACACUGGCAAUUCAUCUAUGUUUAAAUCACUAAUUAGCCAUUAAUUUGUGCUGAUGAACAAAUGCAACACACUGAUAAGCCAGGGUUGUUUUCACAUCCUGACAAUUCUAAUUAUAAAUAAUUAUCUUUUUAAUGUUUUAUUUCUAUUUUAUUUUUCAAAAUUAUUUAAGGGAUUACUGGAUAAAUGUGUUUAGAUGACAGAAAAAGGCAAAAAUUGAAGUGUUGAAUUACUGGUAAAACUGUUUUAUUAUAUGAAUAAUCUUAUCACUUUUUUUUUAAAGAAUUUAUUCGGCACUAAAGGCCUUUAUUUUUGAUAGUAGGCAGACAAGAAGGAGGGGCAAAGAGAGGGGGAGACAUUUGGCAAAGGUCGCCGGGCGCGCCCCCAUCUUAUCACUUUUUUGUUCAAUGCUAAUUUAUAAUAAUGGCAAUGUAAUGUAUAUAUGUGCAAACAUAUUUACUGGGUUGAGAUCUGUGGAAUUCCAUAUCAAAUGUUAAAAUAGGUUAAUAAGGUUCUGGAAAUUAUGACUGAUAUCAUCAGAAGUAAGACUUUUACAUUGCUGGUACUUGCAGAGGUCCUAACUAUUGGUAACAAUGACAAAACAACAACUUUUACCUUAAAGCAAUAAGCCUCAUAUUUCCUGUUUUAGAAAUCAGUUAAAUAAAAUAAACCUGAGAAGCUGAUCAACAACAUAGAAGCAAACAUUUUCAUUCAACCAAGAUGUGUUUCUGAUUGGAAACAAAACACGCAUUUCUCUAAAGGUAUAACAAGAUGCUCCAGUUUUACCAGGAAGUCUAACCACGGACAAGAAAGAUGGCAUCAAGAUGAGAUGAUGUCAUUAUUGGCACCCUUUGUUGCCCGUCGAAAGGAAGUGAGCCUAGGGGAAAAACAGGUUGCAUGUUCAUCAAGGGGAUUCAUUUUAAUGGAGUUCGUUUCAAGAUCAGGUUUCCCUUUAGCAGCAAAUUCACAAUUUUCUGACCAAACCGACAUGCAAAACAAUUUUUAUUAUAAACCUGUCAGUUGUGGAAAAACUACCGCACACAUUCAGAGUCAGACAAAAGUAGUAAUCUUGCAAUGUACCUACCACUGCUAGGCACAUCCAAAGAUUUCCAUCUCGUAAUGAUGACUGGAAAGAUUAACAUUUUACACUUUUCCAUGAGUUGAACAGGCCGGCCGGAAUGUGAUGGUACUCUCUUUUAAGCUAGCUCUGUAGGAUUUUCAUGAUCAGAUAUGCUUCAUUAAUACUCAACAAUUUAAAACAGGGAGAGACCUGGUGAACCCAAUCCUGGUGAUUAACUGGGUUCACCAGGAAGGCUACAACUAAAUGCUCAGUAGAGAGAUCCAUCUACAACCUUUUCAUUUCCUUCUCCACAGCCGUCCUGCUGCUCCUGUUCUGGAUGAGCUGCUCCUGUCUGUUAAUAAAAAGCACAAUUUAUGCUCUUAAAUGUGUAAAAAGAUAAAAGUGAAAAACUGGGGAAAAAAAACAUUUGAAUUCUGAAAGUGAAAAAAAUAAAAUAAAAUAGUGUAAUAAAAAAAAUAAUCUGAAUUAAAUCCUCAUUAAAAUUAAAAGCAACUUUUACAAAAAGUUUAUUUUAAAGAACAUAUGUUUUUCAAAGUUUAAGAUAAAAAAUUAACAUUUAGUUUAAGCUCUUUUACCAGAAUAUACACAACCAUUAUUAUGCUUCUUGUUAGGCUCUAUCCCACUGCAGUGAAUAAGUGCAAGUUUGCCACUGUCAGACAAUAUUAAAAUGCAUUUGGGGCAAUAUGGAAACAUUAGAAUUUCCGUUACCUGCAAAGACUGCCUCAGGUACUCACAGCAGUGAUAUGAGACAUACGCAGCAGUGCAGAUAGUGGCUCAUAAUAAGUACUGAGCUCAACUUGCCACAGCAAAAGGUAGAAUAGCUUGCAGCAAUAGGAGAAUGAAUGGCUGCAGUUGCUACACAUAGGGGCUCAGGUUCAGUCCUGGAGAGCUACUAUCCUGUAACUUUUACAUGCAUCGCUUCACUAACACACCUGAAUCCUCUGCAGAAUGGCUGAAUGCUAAUGAGGGGAUUCAGCCAUUUGAUGAUGUAGAUAUAAAAAGAGUUUUCAGAGAAAAAGCCCCCUUUGAAAAUAACAAUUUUUAAGUAGGUAUUAAACAUUAAGCCCACUGUUCUGUAUUAAAAUGUUUUUAUUGGUCUGAUGUAAUAUUCUAUAUUAAAAAUUGUUUUCAUUCGCUGUAAGCAGAAAAUCACAAUUAACAGAAAUAAAGGCUUGAAAACAUCA